AAGCUGGGAAAUGCAGUAUUUUGAAUUUCUGUAUUUUAAAUAUUAUUAGCCAUUUAUGUUUUUUAGAGAUUUAAGUUAAUAGAAAACUUGAGCUGUUUAUUAUGUGAUGUCUACUUCAUUGGAAGAGAUCAUUAGGAGUUUGUAAAUAUGUUAUAUUUGAGCAUUUAUUAUUUAUUUGAUAUAUUUGGUCUUAUCUACUUUUUCAUCAGGUGGCCACCAAGUACUAAAUUUACUUGGAAAUAAAAGAAAAAAUAACAGAAAGAAAAUUAUAAAAAGAAAAGUAAAGAUAAGACUAAGAGCUUUGGACCUUAGCUUUAGCCUGUUUUCUCCUCCUUAUAGACUGAUCAUUUGCUUUUAGAUCAUUCUAUCUUUUAGGAAAUGUAUCUUUGACCUUCAAAAUUAAAAAUAAUACUUUUUCUAUGGCCAGACAUGUAUUUACUUUGGUCACAAAUGGCAUUCAUCUAUUGUCCAUAUGACAUUAUUGGUGUUUAAAUUGAUUGUAAGUUCCUUGAGGGAGGAAUAGAUUAAAUCUAAUGUUUUUUCCUCUUCUCUUUUCAACACAGUGUGGUGUUAUCAUGAAGUGUUUAUUUAUUUAACGUCAGGCUUUGGAAUGUAUGUUUCCUCUAGGGUAGAAGAACCUGUUUUUAAAGUGUUUUAAAAUUAUACCUUAGGUUUUUUAUUAGCUCCUUUUAACUGUAUCUGUACACCAUCAGCAAAAGCUAUAAAUUUUCAGGCAUAUCGUAUUAUGGUUUAACAUUGUCACAGGGAUUGCAGGGCCAGUGAAAAAUUCCCAUCCUGUUCCUAUUUAGGUUAGGAUGUAUUAAUGUAUAUACAUAGAGCUAGGCUAGAGAAUCAUAAGAAAUUUUAAAAAUAAUAGUUAUACAAGCUUCCUUUUUUCCUAUGUGUCAUUACUGUGGGGCUGCAAGAGUUGUAACAAAUCCAUAUCUAGAAAAAGCAGUCAAAUGCAGGGGAGCAAAAUCCUUAGUUACCAAAAUAAGGCAGGCACUGGGCAAUUUCACUUUUGGGUAUGCAUAUCUCUUCCCAAUAUUUUUGGUGUGUUUAUAAUAAAUAUGUUAUUUUCUCCUUUUUAAAGGAGUUAUAUGUCUUAGAAGAAAGAAGCAAACCGUCAUUUUGCACACGUAAAUAUAUGAAUAUAUUUCUGACAUUGAGGUGUUCCAGAAGAUGAUAAAGAAAUGAUAGCAGCUCCAGAAAUACCAACUGAUUUUAAUCUUCUACAGGAGUCAGAGACACAUUUUUCUUCUGACACAGAUUUUGAAGACAUUGAAGGAAAAAACCAAAAGCAAGGCAAAGGAAAAACUUGUAAAAAAGGCAAAAAGGGCCCAGGAGAAAAGGGCAAAAGUGGAAAUGGAGGAGGAAAACCUCCUUCUGGUCCAAACCGAAUGAAUGGUCAUCACCAACAGAAUGGAGUGGAAAACAUGAUGUUGUUUGAAGUUGUUAAAAUGGGCAAGAGUGCUAUGCAGUCGGUGGUAGAUGAUUGGAUAGAAUCAUACAAGCAUGACCGAGAUAUAGCACUUCUUGACCUUAUCAACUUUUUUAUUCAGUGUUCAGGCUGUAAAGGAGUUGUCACAGCAGAAAUGUUUAGACAUAUGCAGAACUCUGAGAUAAUUCGAAAAAUGACUGAAGAAUUUGAUGAGGAUAGUGGAGAUUAUCCACUUACCAUGGCUGGUCCUCAGUGGAAGAAGUUCAAAUCCAGUUUUUGUGAAUUCAUUGGCGUAUUAGUACGACAAUGUCAAUAUAGCAUCAUAUAUGAUGAAUACAUGAUGGAUACAGUCAUUUCACUUCUUACAGGACUGUCUGACUCACAAGUCAGAGCAUUUCGACAUACAAGCACCCUGGCAGCUAUGAAGUUGAUGACAGCUUUAGUGAAUGUGGCACUAAAUCUUAGCAUUAAUAUGGAUAAUACACAAAGGCAAUAUGAGGCAGAACGGAAUAAAAUGAUUGGAAAACGAGCCAAUGAGAGGCUAGAACUCCUGCUACAAAAGCGAAAAGAGCUUCAGGAAAAUCAAGAUGAAAUAGAGAAUAUGAUGAAUGCAAUAUUUAAAGGAGUGUUUGUACAUAGAUACCGUGAUGCAAUAGCUGAAAUCCGAGCUAUAUGCAUUGAGGAGAUUGGCAUUUGGAUGAAAAUGUAUAGCGAUGCCUUUCUUAAUGACAGUUAUUUAAAAUAUGUUGGUUGGACUAUGCAUGAUAAGCAAGGUGAAGUAAGACUCAAAUGUCUUACUGCUCUACAAGGGCUUUAUUAUAACAAAGAGCUGAAUUCCAAACUGGAGCUUUUUACCAGUCGGUUCAAGGAUAGAAUUGUGUCUAUGACCCUUGACAAAGAGUAUGAUGUUGCAGUACAAGCAAUAAAAUUACUCACUCUUGUUUUACAGAGUAGUGAAGAAGUUCUUACUGCAGAAGAUUGUGAAAAUGUCUAUCAUCUGGUUUAUUCAGCUCACCGGCCAGUAGCAGUAGCAGCUGGAGAAUUUCUCUACAAAAAGCUCUUCAGUCGUAGAGAUCCAGAGGAUGAUGGAAUGAUGAAGAAGGGAAGACAAGGUCCAAAUGCCAACCUGGUUAAGACAUGUUUUUUCUUUCUAGAAAGUGAGUUGCAUGAGCAUGCAGCAUACCUUGUGGAUAGCAUGUGGGACUGUGCUACCGAGCUGCUGAAAGACUGGGAAUGUAUGAAUAGCCUGUUGUUGGAGGAGCCACUUAGUGGAGAGGAAGCACUGACAGACAGGCAAGAGAGUGCUCUGAUUGAAAUAAUGCUUUGUACUAUUAGACAAGCAGCUGAAUGUCAUCCUCCCGUGGGAAGAGGGACAGGAAAAAGGGUGCUGACAGCGAAGGAGAAGAAGACCCAGUUAGAUGACAGGACAAAAAUCACGGAACUUUUUGCUGUAGCCCUUCCUCAGUUAUUAGCAAAAUACUCUGUAGAUGCAGAAAAGGUGACUAAUUUGUUGCAGUUGCCUCAGUACUUUGAUUUGGAAAUAUAUACCACUGGACGAUUAGAAAAGCAUUUGGAUGCCUUAUUGCGACAGAUCCGGAACAUCGUAGAGAAGCACACAGAUACAGAUGUUUUGGAAGCAUGUUCUAAAACUUACCAUGCACUCUGUAAUGAAGAGUUCACGAUCUUCAACAGAGUAGAUAUUUCAAGAAGUCAACUGAUAGAUGAAUUGGCAGAUAAAUUUAAUCGGCUUCUUGAAGAUUUUCUACAAGAGGGCGAAGAACCUGAUGAAGAUGAUGCGUAUCAGGUAUUGUCAACGUUGAAGAGGAUUACUGCUUUUCAUAAUGCCCAUGAUCUUUCAAAGUGGGACUUGUUUGCUUGUAAUUACAAACUUCUGAAAACCGGAAUUGAAAAUGGAGACAUGCCUGAACAGAUUGUUAUUCAUGCACUGCAGUGUACUCACUAUGUAAUCCUUUGGCAACUUGCUAAGAUAACUGAAAGCAGCUCUACAAAGGAGGACUUACUCCGUUUAAAGAAACAGAUGAGGGUAUUUUGUCAGAUAUGUCAGCAUUACCUGACCAACGUGAAUACUACUGUUAAGGAACAGGCCUUCACUAUCCUAUGUGAUAUUUUGAUGAUCUUCAGCCAUCAGAUUAUGUCAGGAGGGCGUGACAUGUUAGAGCCUUUAGUUUACACCCCUGAUUCUUCGUUGCAGUCUGAGUUGCUCAGCUUUAUUUUGGAUCAUGUCUUCAUUGAACAGGAUGAUGAUAAUAAUAGUGCAGACGGUCAGCAGGAGGAUGAAGCCAGUAAAAUUGAAGCUCUGCACAAGAGGAGAAAUUUACUUGCAGCAUUUUGUAAGCUAAUUGUAUAUACUGUGGUGGAGAUGAAUACAGCUGCAGAUAUCUUCAAGCAGUAUAUGAAGUAUUAUAAUGACUAUGGAGAUAUCAUCAAAGAAACAAUGAGUAAAACAAGGCAGAUAGACAAAAUUCAGUGUGCUAAGACCCUCAUUCUCAGUCUGCAACAGCUUUUUAAUGAAAUGAUACAGGAAAAUGGCUAUAAUUUUGAUAGAUCAUCUUCUACAUUUAGUGGCAUAAAAGAACUUGCUCGACGUUUUGCUUUAACUUUUGGACUCGAUCAAUUGAAAACAAGAGAAGCCAUUGCCAUGCUACACAAAGAUGGCAUAGAAUUUGCUUUUAAAGAGCCUAAUCCACAAGGGGAGAGCCAUCCACCUUUAAAUUUGGCAUUUCUUGAUAUUCUGAGUGAAUUUUCUUCUAAACUACUCCGACAAGACAAAAGAACAGUGUAUGUUUACUUGGAAAAGUUCAUGACCUUUCAGAUGUCACUCCGAAGAGAAGAUGUGUGGCUUCCUCUGAUGUCUUACCGAAAUUCUUUGCUAGCUGGUGGUGAUGAUGAUACCAUGUCAGUAAUUAGUGGAAUCAGCAGUCGGGGGUCAACUGUACGGAGUAAAAAAUCAAAACCAUCUACAGGAAAACGGAAAGUGGUUGAGGGCAUGCAGCUUGCACUCCCUGAAGAAAGCAGUAGUAGUGACAGUAUGUGGUUAAGCAGAGAACAAACACUGCACACCCCUGUUAUGAUGCAGACACCACAACUCACCUCCACUAUUAUGAGAGAGCCCAAAAGAUUACGGCCUGAGGAUAGCUUCAUGAGUGUCUAUCCAAUGCAGACUGAACAUCAUCAACCUCCUCUUGAUUAUAACACGCAGGUAACAUGGAUGUUAGCUCAAAGACAACAAGAGGAAGCAAGGCAACAGCAGGAGAGAGCAGCAAUGAGCUAUGUUAAACUGCGAACUAAUCUUCAGCAUGCCAUUCGGCGUGGCACUAGCCUAAUGGAAGAUGAUGAAGAGCCAAUUGUUGAAGAUGUUAUGAUGUCCUCAGAAGGGAGGAUUGAGGAUCUUAAUGAGGGAAUGGAUUUCGACACCAUGGAUAUAGACUUGCCACCAUCAAAGAACAGAAGAGAGAGAACAGAACUGAAGCCUGAUUUCUUUGAUCCAGCUUCAAUUAUGGACGAAUCAGUUCUUGGAGUGUCAAUGUUUUAAUACCAGUACACAAAUCUGUGGUGGAGUCAUUUUCUAAGUGGAAGAGGAAAUUUUAAAAUAAAGUGUGGUAGAUACAGUGAAAUUCUGUACAGAUUUUUCUCUAAGGAGAAUAUGACAUGCUUAUGCUUACCAAGAUCAAGUGCAUUGAGGGGCAGUUUUGUUUGCCUGAAAAAAGUAAAGGACAAGUAAACAAUUUGAUGAUAAGCUACAGUUUUUCUUAGAAAGUAAAUAUUUUAUUUAUGCGCUGUUAGUUGGCUUUUGAAUCAGUUAUUUCAUGCUUUUUUUAAAAAAAAAUAUAACAAUCUUAAGAGGCAUUUGGUACAGAUAUGAAUUCUCUCACAUUUAUUUACUGGUUGUACUAAAUAAUGAUGGCCUCUGCUGGAUUUCUGUUUACAUCUAAGAAACGUCAAGGAUGAAUUUAUCUCCCCACCCUGAAAUUGUAGGAUAGAAUUGUUUUUAGCAUUCUAAACUUAAAUGCUUAAAACAUCAAUCAACAAAACUUUGUUUUAAAUAUUGUAAUUGUGGAGAAAAGUAAACUUAUAAGCAGAACUUUUACAAUUUUUUCAUCUAAAAGUAUUUUAAGAUAUUUUUAAAAUCCAAGAGCUUCUCUAUACUUUUCAGAAAUAUCCAGAUGCAGUGAACUGCCAGAAGGUAACCCGUCUCAAACAUGCUUAUCCCAUUAUCAACCCUGAAAGUUUGCUUGUCCUUUAAGGUAAAAAUGUAAUGUUGUGAUAUUCCUUCCAGUAGUGCCACUGUAUUUUGUCUCCAAAUAAAAGAAGCUUAUUGUAGUAUGUUUGCAGAAAAAUUCUAAACAAAAAUUAUACAGCUUAUUAGAGUGUGGGAAUAGGGAUCUAAAUUUUAAAUAAAAUUAUAUAUAUAUAUAAAUUGGUGCUGAUUUUAUAAUUGCGCAGUUUGUUUAGUUUUUUCUUACUUUUAAAUUCCAACUUAAAAUUAUGAGGUUUCAGAACUAUAUUGAAAGUUUAACAAUGUUUAAAAAUAGAAAAGCAUGAGUAUUCAUGCUUUAAAAUGAUUUUUAAAUUUGUAUUUUAUAUUGUUUUAUCUAUCUGUCUUUGCAAGCAGUCUUCAGGUUAAAGAUACUUCUAACAGGUUACAGUACAUUUCCUCUGUAUGUAAAUUAGAUGGGAUAAUAGAAUUCAUAACCCAUAAUAUUCUUUGAAAGCUAAGCUUUAAACUUCAUUUUAUGUCCUUUCACAAAUAAAUUAGUUUAAAACAGAAAGUGGCUACUUGCCAUUUUGACAUCAACUCAUUUUGCGAGGCUUAGGCAGCUAGACAUCGUUUAAAACAAAAUAUUAACUUAUAUUACAUGUGUAUCUAUCUUUUGUCAGUCGUCUCUCAGUUCUUGAGGUAUAUUAUUUUAAUCAUUCCAUGCCUUAAUAUGCUUGCAAUACAAGAAUAUCUUCAGAUGGGUGAAUACCAAAAGGCUUUCAGUUUUUAGAUUCAGAAUCAACAAGCAUUGGGCUGUGGUAGCCAAAAACCAUAGGUUAGCUAAAAGAUCAUGAUAAAAAAAACAAUUAUUUUAUUAAAUCAUGGUUAAUAACAAAUGAAACCAGACUUGUCUAACAGAUUUUCCAUCAACAAAUAUUGUUAUGUGCAAAAAGUAUUGCCUAUGUUGUUUUACACACCACUGCAUUUACUAGAACUGCUGAGAGGACUGUAUAUAUGAUUUUAAACCUAAGUUGAUUUUUUUCUCACUCUUGAAAGGAGUACUUCUUUGUGAAAGCAGUUCUUACAGCUUUGUUUUCAACCAGCUAAAAAUGUUUUAUAUAUUACUCUAACCUGUUGUCCUCCACAUUCUAUUGUCCUAAUUGUACUGUUUUCUGAUUUGUAUUUAUGUCUUGAGACAGUAACUUUUUGAAUAAAAAUAAACCUACAA